AUGCCUCAAGUCUACACCACCGACCACUCAAGCUCGGUCCUCCAAACCCACAGCUGGCGCACAGUCGCCAACUCAGCACCAUACCUGCUGCCACACCUCAAGCCGGACAUGAAGAUCCUAGAUGUCGGCUGCGGCCCGGGAUCCAUCACCAUUUCCCUGGCAAAGCAUGUACCCCAGGGUCAUGUCACAGGCACAGAAUAUGUUUCUGAUCCGCUCGAAGGCGCGCGUGCCCUCGCGCAAACCGAAGGAGUGUCGAACGUCACCUUCCAGGAGGGCAAUAUCCAUGCCCUGCCGUUUGAUGACAACACCUUUGAUCUUGUGCAUGCCCACCAGGUGCUGCAGCAUAUCGAGAACCCGGUGCAUGCAAUCAAGGAAAUGCGCCGUGUCGCUAAGAAAGGUGGGAUCAUUGCGUGCCGGGAAUCGGCGGAGUUGACAUGGUAUCCCGAAUCUGUGGGGAUUUCUAAGUGGCGUGAGGUUACGGAGCGUAUGCAGAGUGCAAAGGGGGGUAAUCCACACCCCGGAAGGAUGAUUCAUGUUUGGGCGCGGGAGGCCGGGUUUGAGAGUUCGAGUGUGAAGAGGAGUGCUGGGGCUUGGUGCUUCGGGAGUGAUGAGGAGAGGGCAUAUUGGGGUGGAUCUAUGGAGGCGAGGGCUAGAUCUUCGGGGUUUGCGAAGGAUGUUGUUGAGGAGGGUUAUGCGCUGCCAGAGGAUCUAGAUGUGAUCGCAAAAGGAUGGAGGGAAUUUGUGGGCAACGAGGAUGCUUGGUUUGGUUUGUUGCAUGGAGAGAUUUUGUGCUGGAAAUAG